AUGAGCAUCACGGAUGUGCUGAGUGCCGAGGACAUUGCAGCAGCCCUUCAGGAAUGCCAAGAUCCAGACACCUUCGAACCCCAAAAGUUCUUCCAGACAUCAGGCCUCUCCAAAAUGACAGCCAGUCAGGUGAAGGACGUUUUCCGGUUCAUAGACAAUGACCAGAGUGGAUACCUAGACGAAGACGAGCUUAAGUUUUUCCUGCAGAAGUUUGAGAGCGGGGCCAGGGAGCUGACCGAGUCAGAGACCAAGUCGUUGAUGGCGGCUGCAGAUACUGAUGGAGACGGGAAGGUUGGCGCGGACGAAUUUCAGGAAAUGGUGCAUUCUUAA